AUGGCUGGCGGCACAGCUAUCGCACCCACUGGCGGCUCGAGCGAGCUCGCAACCAUCCUCGCAGGUCGCGACCUGCGCUGGUACAAGGGCUACCAGCUACGUCUCAUCCUCAUGCUCUUCUUGGUCCUCAUCACGUCCGUGACCAACGGGUACGACUCGUCGAUGAUGAACGGGCUGCAAAGUCUCGACACGUGGAAGUCGUACUUUAACAACCCGCAGAACCACCCCAAGACCUUCGGACUCUACACCGCCAUCCUCAACAUUGGCGGCAUCGCCGCUCUCCCCUUCGGCCCGUUCAUCGCCGACAGGUUUGGCCGCCGCAUGGGCAUCUUUGUCGGGUGCGGCAUCAUGAUUGUCGGGUGUGCGCUGCAGGCCGGCGCGCUCAACCCGGGCAUGUUCCUCGCCGGGCGCGGUAUCGUCGGCUUUGGAGUCAACAUUGCGCACCUCGCCGCGCCGGUCCUCAUCACUGAGCUCGCGUUCCCGACGUACCGCGCGCCACUGACCUCGGUCUACAAUUCACUUUGGUACCUCGGCUCGAUCAUUGCCGCGUGGACGACGUACGGCACCUUCCGGAUCAACAACCAGUGGGGGUGGCGCAUCCCGAGCAUCCUGAUGGCGCUCGCGCCGAUCGUGCAGUUUGUGGCUAUCUGGUUCAUCCCCGAGUCGCCGCGCUGGCUCAUCAACCACGGCAAGACGGAGCAGGCGCUCGACAUCAUCGCCAAGUGGCACUGUGACGGCGACCGCAACGACCCGCUCGUCGAGUUCGAGUACGCCGAGAUGCAGGAGAUGAUCCGCGCCGAGCACGAGUCGAAGGAGACGACUUACGCCAGCCUUUUCAAAACCAAGGGCAACCGCCGCCGCAUGCGCAUCGUCAUCGCCAUUGCCUUCUUCUCGCAGUGGAGCGGGAACGGCCUUGUGUCCUACUACCUCUCGCUCAUCCUCAACUCGAUCGGCAUCACCAAGCAGUCCGACCAGACGCUGUUCAAUGGCAUCCUGCAGAUCUACAACCUGUUCUGUGCCGCAUCGUCUGGGCUGCUUGUCGACCGAGCCGGACGCCGACCCCUUUUCCUCGCGUCCACGGGUGGCAUGUGUCUCUCGUUCAUCUGCUGGACGAUCAGCAGCGCAGUCUACACGAACAGCUCGCACACGUAUGACCCGGCCUGCCUCGCCCUGCACGACGGGAACAAGGCGAGCUGUGUCGCGCUCGACGCCAACAAGCAUGCCGGGCAUGCCGUCAUUGCGUUCAUCUACCUCUUCUACACGGCGUACAACCUCGCCAUGAGCCCCCUGAUCGUCGGUUACACGGUCGAGAUUAUGCCCUACUCGCUCCGCGCAAAGGGUCUCAUGAUGCUCCAGCUGGGCGUAACCUGCGCGUCGACCUUCAACCAGUACACCAACCCCAUUGCGCUCGACGCCCUCGGCUGGAAGUACUACAUCUGCUUCUGCGUCUUCAUCGCCUUCGAGUUUGUCUACUGCUACCUGUUUGUCAUUGAGACGCGCGGCAAGAAUGGCAUCCUCUCGCUCGAGGAAAUCGGCGCUUUAUUCGACGGCCCCGCCCGCUGGGGAUUCCAGAAGAACCCCGCAGUGGACGGCACCGCUGUUGAUCAAGAGAAUGCUCCUGGCCUCUCGAAAACUGCAUCGAACGCCAAGGACGGCGAUGUGGUGCACAUCGACGACACCGAGGGUGCGAAGCGUCACUGA